AUGGCGCCGUCGGACUCGAAACCGGCUCUGAAGCUGGAGACCGGCCAGUUCAGCAGUCAAGAGAUGCCUCCGCCUCCCACGACGACGACGGCAACGCCCUCCACCGAGAAGCCGCGCCCGAUUCUCAAGCUCAGCACCUCGCGCCAGUCCUCCUUCAGCGCCGACACUGGCACACCCUCGGCCGAGAAGAAGAUCAAGAUCAAGGUCAACUCCAGCCAGCCCAACACGCCCGCACCUUCCGUGCCUACCAUCACCAAGACCAAGGCCGGCCGAGCUUCCAAGCCCACCGAGAAGAUCAUCGAGGCCAAGAAGCGCUCCUACGAGAGCGACGACGACGACGAGAACGCCCCCAUGAUCAAUCGCAAGGUCCACACCAUCAAGAUGAAGAACCCCCCGGCCGCCGGCAGCCGCAAGCCCUUCCUCUUGCCCACACCAACCGGCAAGGUCUUCCUCAAGCCCAAGGGAGAGAAGAUCCCGCACGUGCCGGGUGAGGCCUACGACUCCGAGGCCAGCGAUAGGGAGACGGACCUGGUGCGCGAAAGCGCUGUCAUCCUGAGGACCCUGCCCGGUCCUGCCACCGAAUACUUGAACAAGGCUUUGGAGGAGGGCAGGAUCGGCCAGCCCAAACCCCCGAACGGCAACGGUGCCGACCUUUCAGUCGAGUGGCUCGAUGCCAAAGACCGCCGAGCCAUGGUGACCGUCGACGGACGGCAUUACGCCGCCGUGCUUGUCGAUCUGCCUACCAUCAUCGAGGCCAUGAAGACGUGGGAUCGCAAGAACUUUUUGAAGAACAUGGACAUCACCCAGAUGUUGCUCUGCUUCGCCGAGGUCAAGAACGAGCAGGAUGCCCGGUAUAUUGCGCUCCCUCCCAUGGUGCAAAACUCGGAGUACAAAUGGCCCCACGGCUUGACCCCUCCCAUGCACGACGCCGUCAACCGACGAUUCAGGAAGCAGCCGUCGGAAAAGCAACUGGUCAGCGCAGCUGCCCAGGUCAAGAGACUGCUCGCUGAAGACGCGCUUGCCAUUGAGCCUCCUACCUACGAAUUCAUCCAGGAUGAGGAAGAUGGCUUCUACGAAUCCGGCGAGGAAGACGCGGAGGGAGAGGAAGAACUAGAUGACUACUUCGGCAACCAAGCAGCGGGUCAGCCUGUCGAUGAAGAAGUGGACGACAUGGACAUUGACCUCGAAGCCGAGCUGGAGGCCGAGUUUGCAGGCGGCGACUUCGAAACCGAGAUGAUGGAGGGCGAGACGCCCGGUACACAGCUGGAAGCUCAGACGCCCAUGACACUUGAGGCUGCCACGCCGGCUGCUGCCGGGGGCGACAUCAGCGAAGAAGACGAAGAAGAGGAAGAAGAGAUCUCAGACGAGGAUGAGGAUGACGAUGAUGACGACGAACUCGACGAAGAUGAGGCAGCCAGGCAAGCCCAGGCGAGAGAGAUGAAGAAGGAGCUAUUUGGCAUUCGGAAGAAGGUGGCCGACCUGGAACAGCAGCAUGCGUCUGCCACCAAUGCUAUCAUGCGCAAUCGCCUGCAGCUCAACAUUCAAAACCUCAAGAAGGAGAUUGAAUUACGCAAGGCUCAGCUUAAUAUCACGGACGACGAGUAG